CACAAUUUCAAAAGUGGUUAGAAGACUUAGUCAUAAGGGAGAUUUUUUAUAGUUGGAAGAAUCUCUCCUUUUUCUUCAUAUAUUAUACUCCUACUUUCAUAUCCAUUUUCCCAAUUUAUAUAGCACAAAAAGCUCUAAUUUUGCACUACAAGAACUAGUUGUUCAUAUUCAUUCAUAACCCAUUUUACAACUUAUUGUAUAGUUUGACAUGUACAAAUCCCAAAUGCAAAAUUCGGAAAAUAAUCAAAACCACCACCAUCACCACCACCACCACUCCGACACUGAAAUUGUAGACAAAGCCUCUUUCAGCGGUCCACUUAGUGGGCCGCUGAAGAGGCCGGGCGGGGGGAGGAAAAGCGCCCGAUUCAACAUCCCGGGAGACUCCCCUGCCUCGGCCAACUCCGGCGAUGACUACGUGGAGAUCACCCUCGACGUCCGGGAGGACUCGGUGGCGGUGCACAGCGUGAAGGCGGCGGGCGGCGGCGAGGUGGAGGAUCCGGAGCUGGCUCUGCUGGCCCGGGGCCUGGAGAAGCGGUCCUCAUUCGGAUCCUCCGUCGUCCGAAACGCCUCGUCGAGAAUCCGGCAGGUCUCGCACGAGCUCAAGCGCCUCGCCUCCCUCACGCGCCGCCCCCAGCCGCCGGGGAGGUUCGACCGGACCAAGUCCGCCGCCGCGCAUGCUCUUAAAGGCCUCAAGUUCAUCAGCAAGACCGACGGCGCCGCCGCCUGGGCAGGCGUCGAGAAGCGCUUCGACGAUAUCACCAAAGACACCAACGGCUUGCUCCCUCGCGCCCGCUUUGGCGAAUGCAUCGGCAUGAACAAGGAGAAGGAGUCCAGCGAUUUCGCCGGCGAGCUCUUCGACGCGCUAGCGCGGCGGAGGAACAUCACCGGCGGGUGUAUUAACAAGGGGCAGCUGAGGGAAUUCUGGGACCAAGUUGCUGAUCAAAGCUUCGAUACGCGCCUUCAAACCUUCUUCGACAUGGUUGAUAAAGAUGCCGAUGGCAGAAUCACAGAGGAGGAAGUCAGAGAGAUUAUUGCAAUAAGUGCCUCCGCGAACAAGCUGUCGAAUAUUCAGAAGCAAGCGGAUGAAUAUGCAAGAUUGAUUAUGGAAGAAUUGGACCCUAAUGAGAUGGGAUAUAUCAUGAUUGAGAAUUUGGAGAUGCUGCUGCUGCAAGGGCCGAGCCAAUCGGUUAGAGGCGAGCGCGAGAGCCGGAAUCUGAGCAAGAUGUUGAGUGAGAAAUUGAGGGCAAAUGAAGAGCAUGGCAUAAAGAGGUGGUACAGAGAUGGUCGUUACUUUUUGCUUGAUAAUUGGCAGAGAGUUUGGGUGAUGGCUUUGUGGAUUGGAGUUAUGGCUCUUCUCUUCACUUGGAAAUACAUCCAAUACAAGGAUAGAGAGGCCUUCGAGGUGAUGGGCCACUGCGUCUGCAUGGCCAAAGGCGCCGCCGAGACCCUAAAGCUCAACAUGGCUCUCAUUCUCCUCCCCGUCUGUCGGAACACCAUCACCUGGCUCCGGAACAAGACCAGGCUCGGGGCCGCCGUCCCCUUUGACGACAAUCUCAACUUCCACAAGGUUAUUGCGAUCGCGAUUGCAAUGGGAGUUGGAAUACAUGGGAUAAGCCAUCUAGCGUGUGAUUUUCCCCGUCUCAUGAGGGCGACGGCAGAUGAGUACGAGGACAUGGUGCCUUUCUUCGGGGAGCAGCCGAGGAGCUAUUGGGUGUUCGUCAAAGGGUGGGAAGGUGUGAGCGGAAUUGUGAUGGUAGUGCUAAUGGCAAUAGCCUUCACACUAGCUUCACCGUGGUUUAGGAGAGGAAAAAUUAAUGUACCAAAGCCUUUGAAUAAGCUCACCGGAUUCAAUGCGUUUUGGUAUUCGCAUCAUCUAUUUGUGAUUGUAUACGCUUCCCUCAUUAUUCACGGCAUCAAGCUCUACUUGACCAAAGAAUGGUACAAGAAAACGACGUGGAUGUAUUUGGCCCUUCCGCUUACUCUCUAUGCCUCCGAAAGAUUGAUUAGGGCAUUUAGGUCGAGCAUCAAGGCAGUCAAGAUCCUGAAGGUGGCUGUGUACCCCGGGAAUGUGCUAACGCUUCACAUGUCUAAGCCGCAAGGAUUUAAAUACAAAAGUGGGCAAUACAUUUUCGUCAAUUGUGCUGCUGUUUCCCCAUUCGAGUGGCACCCAUUUUCCAUUACUUCAGCACCCAGAGACGAUUAUGUUAGUGUUCACAUCAGAACACUUGGUGAUUGGACCAGGCAAUUGAAACAAGUAUUUUCUAAGGUACCCCAAUUUCCUAUAUAUAUUCACUUUAUAUUCAUUCAUCAUCCAUCUGUUACAACUUAUAACGAACUCUAUUUAUUUGCCAUUUAAAUAAAUGUUGCACAACUGCAUUAUUUGCCUAGAUCAAGCUACCUAUGUCCUAUUAAUGUUAAGAUAUAUAUGUCCUAUUUUUUAGCUUCCCAUAUAUAUACAAAUCAUAUCCUUAAUAAUUUUUAUUUUUUAGCAAUGUAUUACCGAAAAAAUAAUUAUAGCAAUGGCCAUCGCCUUCUUUUUUGGUGACUAACCAAAAGAUAAAGAUUUUUCUAAUAAAGUGUGUAUUGUAAGCUGUAGAAAACAGAUCAAGCAAUACAACUCUGCCCUCUUUUCUUCCCGUGGACGUAGAUUUACCUCAGUAAAUCGAACCACGUAAAUUCUCUGUGUCGUGAUCUGCAUUUUCCUGCAUUCAUCACCAUCAAAAAUUCGCGGAUUCAUCACUAUUGUUCUCAAUUAAAAUAACUUCUAUAUACUCCCUCCGUCCCCCAUUAAGUAUCAUAGUUUUUUUUUUAUUUUGGUUUGCCCCAUAUUAAUUGUCCCAUUUCAUUUUUAUCAUUUUUUGGUAGCGGAUCCUAUAUUCCACUAAUUCAUUUUUACUCACAUUUUACUAUGAAAUUAAUAUAUAAAGUAUGACUCACAUUUUACUAAUUUUUUUUAAUCCACUUUCUAUUACAUUUUUUAAAACCUGUAUCAAGUCAACGUGAUACACAUAUUGGGGGACGAAGAGAAGUGUUUUAAGGUGUUAGGUUUCUAAGUGACUAUUUUGAGAUGUAGAGGGUUUGUGCAUUUCACCUAGAAUUUGAUUGAGUACUUUUAUUUUUCCAUGAUUUAUGAUUUUUCAUAGAUAUAUCCAUACAACACUUUUGACCGACUAAUUUCUUUUUUGCUAAAAAAAAUGAACUUUGAGUUUUAAUUAGAUUUUGUGAUAUAGUUUAAUUAUUAACUACUAUAAUCAAGUAUGAUAUCCGCAUUUUUAAUUAAAAUAUCAAUAGCUUUAAUAUUUAAUUGUAAUAAAAAUAAGAAAAAUUAAAGGAAAAAAAGAACAAGAAAGUAGAAAAUUGAAGGAAACCAAAAUAAAAAAAUUGCCCAAUGAAUGAUUUAAUAUCGUUAUAUAGACGACUAAAUAGUGCAUGCUAGUGGAAAAUUUCAAUUGACAAAAAUACCCUUGAGGAAAAAUUUUCAAUAAGGAUAAAAAUGUCACGAAAAAUGCAAAAAAAGGACCUUAAAUGUGAUUAACUAUGACAAGGUGUACCAUGCUAAUAGAAUUCACUGGAAGACUUGCCUAGUGCCCAACUUUUGGAUCGGUUUAUCCAACUAGGUAAAUUCAAUAUCAAUGAUAGACUAUUUAGAUUUGGAGUUCUCUGGAAAAUUGCAAGCGAUCUGUGCGUGUUUUGCAAGAAGGAGCGAGAAACUAUCAAUCACAUCAUGUUCGGGUGUAAGUUCUCUAGUAUUUUGUGAUAUUUCUAUUGCGCUUUCUCACUUGGAUGGAUGCAUAUUUCUACAGGUUUGGUAAGAAUAUGUGGACAUCCCUAUUUUAUGUGAUUUCGUGGUACAUAUGGUGGCUUAGAAACAAAGUGACCUUCCAAAAAAUUGAACCAAAUUGGGAUGUUGAAAGAAGACUCAUUCUUUGGAGGCCCGACUCAUGAAUUAAAGGGUGGUGCCCGAACUUUCCUUUUCUACAUAGAGAAUUGUAUGACGACUUGUUCAAAGUUAGAAGGUGGUUUAGAAGUUAUGAAAGAAUCAAUACUACUUGCCGAGUGACACACAGGUGUACUUGCCGAGUGACACAAAGGUGAACUUCACCUCGCUUCUCUAACUUCUUUUUUUGCCCUCUUUGCAUGUAGUUGGGAUAGCUCUUGGCUUUUGGUGGUUGUGUUGUUACUUGCCCCUUUUGUUGCUUUUUAUUGGCGGGAAGUGUGUUGGUCAUGAUUUGUUGUGCGCUUCGCUUA